UGAGGUGGCAUCAAUGGCUCCAAGAAAACCCCUAUACCUGUCAUGCAACAUAGAAUAAUGAACAAAGUUAGUAAUAGGAAACCGAGUACCAGAUUGUGAAGAACAGGAGGAGACCGGAGCCGUAGUGACAAUCUUUGCGGAAUUGAGAACAUAAUCGUUAAGGUGGGGCGGACGACGACGUAUGCGAGGCGGAAGGGAUGGAAGUAUGGGCGAUGGAGAAGUGGUCUCCACCGAGGAAGACUCGGGGCUGUCGUCGUCAUCGGAAGAGGUGGAGGGCAUGGCAGACUCCGUCGUGGACGGCGACGGUAACGGGGACUGGACGGUGGACUGCUGGGUUGCCGGAAUGGCUGGGACGACGGGACUGGUGGACACCGGCUGGGUCGCCGGUACGGCAAGGGUAGGGACGGGGGGAACAGUGAAAUCAGACGGGGAGGACAGACGCAUGGACCGCAGCGGGGUUGCUGCUGCUGCCUCCCUGGACUGCCUGGCCACUGCCGACGGGGUUACUGCCGCUGCCUCCCUGGGCCGCCUGCCCACUGCCGGCAGGGGUGUUGCUGCCGUACCGAGGACCACCGCGACCACCAGAGAAGGACCCCCCGCGGCUGCCACGACCUCGCCCCCCACCACGAGCGAAUUGAGAUGGAAAUCCAAUGAGCUCAAAACAUGUGUCAAUGUUAUGAUUAGUAUGACCACAAUGUGAACAAGACGGUUUAUUUGGUACUAGGAGGCGUUUGUCCUGUUUCGCGGCAAAGGCAAUAGAGUCCGUACGAUCAUCACGAGUACGAAUGAUAUGGCGAUGACGCUCCUCUUGAGUAACCAAGAAAUAUGCACGAUCAAGAUCGGGCACUGGUUCGGUACCAAUGAUUUGGGAACGGAUAUUACCAAAAUGUUCAUCAUCCAAGCCGAGUAAAAAAUCCACUGUUUU